AUUCAAGCUUCAAUAAUCCAUAAAUACAGGCAGUAACAUGUUCAUCACCAACAUUCUGCUAAAGAAAGCAAAAAGCAAAAAUAUUCUCGUGCUGAUGGAAAGCGCAGUUAGUGGACACCAAUUUACAAUGAUCCGGGAGCGGUUGGCCGAUAAGCUGGAACUGCAACGCUUUGAUCCAUACAUCCAACGGAUGUCCCUGUACCGAGAGCGCAGACGACUACGAAGUUUGAACUGAGAUUUGGCUU